AUGGAACCAAAAACGCUUAUUCUUGAUUUGGAUGAGACUCUGAUUCAUUCAGCCUUAGGAGGAUCACGAGCCGCUGCGCAAAUGAUAGAAGUUAUGGUUGAUAAACACGCUUGUCUAUAUUAUGUUCAUAAAAGGCCACAUGUUGAUCGAUUUUUGAAAAAGGUAAGCGAAUGGUACAAAGUAGUUAUUUUUACUGCUUCCAUGUCAGAAUACGCGGAUCCUGUCAUUGAUUGGUUAGACCCAAACAAAAAUUUGAUAUCAAGUCGAUAUUUUCGUGAGGUCAGCACAAUUUCUUUUAAUAAAAUAAGUUUGAUCUAUGAUCCUCCUUUUAUUAUCGAGGCAAAAUCAUGCACAAAUCGCAGUGGUGUUUACAUGAAGGAUCUUACUAAGGUCGAGCCUGAUCUUUCCAAGGUUUGUCUGAUAGAUAACUCGCCCAUCUCAUACGCAUUGCAACAGGAAAAUGGAAUACCUAUCAAAGAAUGGACUAAUGAUCCUAAAGAUGAAGCACUUUUAGAUUUGCUGCCAUUUCUGGAUGCUUUAAGAUUUACAGAAGAUGUCAGAUCUGUUUUAUCAUUACGGAUAUUUUGA